GAAACUUCUCGCUUUCAAGGGCAGAGAGGGACACUGGAAAGGGUCGGCUUGCGCAGGUGGCCAGACCAGAAGAGCUAGUUUUAGCAAAAAGCCAGGCGGGCCCUCUCUCAACCCAGCCGCUGGCAUUCUGACGGGUAAACAAAUCCACGGCCCGUUUUUCCGGCGGCCUCUACCAAGCUCCCCUCUCGUCCCACCGUAGGGGAGCGGAACGCGCAGCAGGAAGGGCGCAAGGCCGCGCCGGCUGCCCAAGCUCCGGUUAGAACGAGCUUCGGCUCGGGAGCUGUUUAAGGUUUGGCUCCCGGGGAAACUCUGACCUCACCGCGCAAAGGUGCUGCUGGGAAACGGAGCUCCCUCUGACAGAUAAGCCCCGGAGAGGACAUUCCUUUUGCUUUUGCGGGCGAGCCAGCGAGGUAGGCAGGGAAGGAGGAGCGGAGAAGGUGCGCCCGCCUCCUUUUCGCUGCCCCUGCUUUUGCGCGGGGAAGCUUGUCCGGAUCUCUGAAAGUUUUGAGUUCUUUCUUCUCCGGAAUCCCUUUGAACCUCGAGACUCAGACAUCGGGGGAAGAGGAAAGAGGACUCAGAGGGUCGGAGAGUCCGAAGUGAAUGUCUCCAGAUGAAAGGCCAGGCGCAGAGUCAAAAUCAUCUUCUAUCCAAUCUGUACUCCUGUCCACUUGGUCAAGUCUGCAACACUGUCAAGCUGAAACCUCAGAAAGAUGCUUCCCAGAGAAGAAGAUGGCAUCAGGUAACCCCAAAGAACUGGAUCCAGGAAGUCAUCCUGCACAGAUAGGAGAGGGCACUCUGGAAACUGAGUCCGUGUCACUGGCAGUAGGGGAAGGGUUCCCAAAUGCAAUUUCUCUCUCAUUUUCUGUCAAGAGUCAUUCUGCACAGGAUCUCAAUCUGCAGCUACAAGAGGUAGCAAGAAAGAAAUUAUGGGCCCUGGAAAAUGACGAUAAAGAUGUUUGUGCUGUUUUCAAGGAGCUGUCAGCCAGGCUGGCAUGCAUCCAGGCACAGGAGAAUCGCUUUCUGCUUUCCUUCAGAACUGUGGAAGAAAUCUGGAAGUUUUCUACUUAUUUGGCACUUGGAUAUGUGGGUUGCUGCUUGGAACACCUUCUCUUCAGUCCUGAGUACUGGUUGAACUGUGCUCAAGUAGAUGAUACUGAGAUCACUGUCACUGUUGAUGAGGACUGCAUGACCACCAUGUAUCUGGGUCUCCUCCUCCAGGAAGGCAAUUUUUUUGCCAGAGCAACACUCACCGUCCCUGCAGAGGAAGAAGAAGAGGAUUUAAAGCUCCUCAAGAAUGAAUUAGUCCAUGUGAAAGACAUUGGACAUGAAACUAAGUGGGAAGGGACGUCAUUGUUGACCGAUCAGAGGGGACUGAUACAUGUCACAACUAUAGAGCCAUUGCCCCAUCCCUUUUACCAGUGGUUUUUGAAGAACUAUCCAAUCAGUUGUGGCAUAUCCAAAGAAAUCAAUGGGCCUGACUCUUUGCAGAUUGGCCAAGGGAGGUGCACAGCCACUGAAGAUCACAGAGGAAAAAGCUGGGAUGAAUUGAGUUACUGCAAAGGGGAUAUCCUAGAGGUGAUCGACUUUCUCAUUCCGGGUCUCCGUUGGUUUAUAGGGAAAUCCACAACUAGCGGAAUAAUGGGCUUUGUCCAAACCAAAUCAGUGCAGCUUGAGAGUUAUGAAUCAAUGAGAAAGAGCCCAGUGUUUUUUAGUGAAGAAAUUUCUGCCUUCCUCCAGGCUCCAUGUAAUGGCAACGAGGUAUAUUACAGUAAUCUUCUUAAUGAAUGGGCACAGACAGACAUCACCUCUGUAUAUAGACUGGAUGGCUUUGAACCUAUUGCGAUGUACCCACGAAGACCGUCAGAUGCUGCUGUACAUGAACAUAAGAAUGGUUGGAUGUUUGAAAAUUGGGGGAAGCAAUCUUGUAACAGUUUAUUUACUCAUACUGAUUCCGAGAAGUCAACUCCAGUGGUUGAAUCCUCACCUUCUACCCUUGACCACUUACUUCUGCCAGAGCCAGAUGACCUUGAUGACCCCAAGUUCUUUAUUGAUCUAAAUGCUGGGCAUAUGGAAGACUGUGAUGUGUUUGAUCCUAUACUGACUUUCCUCAAUCAAGAUAGCUAUGUGCCUCAUUUCCAAAGUCUGUAUGACCUCUCUUUUUCCUUCCUCAGUUCUACCUUCUAUGGUUUCACCAAUGAAGAGGAUUUAGUCAUAUAUCUGGAAACAUCCAGGAACUGGGCUAAGAGGGGCCACCUUGCUUGGGCUCACAUUCGGAUAUGCUACCUUUUGGGCCGCCUCUGUGUCAGGAAGGCCAAGUUCUCCCAAGCGCGAGUCUACUUCGAAGAAGCCAUGAAUGCUAUGGACAAGGGGUUCGAAGACCUACCUCUACUUACAUCAUUGCAUGCAAACCUUGCUGCCAUUUAUUUAAAGCAAAAGAUGAAGCAAAAGUUCUUAUCGGUGAUUGGGAAAGGGAUGACACUUCUGGCCUGCUUGUCUGGACACUGCUUCAGUUCUGAGACUGAACUAGAGGUUGUGAUGUACAUCCUGAGAGAAGCCAUUGCUGUAGGCAACACAACCAUGGAGAUUAGGUCCUGCUUCCUCAUUGUCAGACUCUUCUUGCAGCUGGGCAAAUAUGAUGAGGUUCUUCCUUUUGCAGAACGCUUGCAGUUUCUGAAUGCACAGUUCACCAGCCAGGUUACCAGUGCAUAUCCUUUAGAUACAAUGCCUUUUCUUGCCUAUCUCUAUGAAAAAAAGUGUGUGCCCCAUGUAGCUUUGGCGGCUGCUAGGAUGUUCUCCCCUAGCAAUAUAAAAGGUGGCUUCACACCCAUUUGGAGAGCUGGAUUCAUCCUUGCAAACACCUCUAAACUUUUGAAAGUUCAAGAGAAAAGCCACAACGGCAUCUCAGCGUUGGCUUGCUUCUAUCUGCAUUGCGGGCUGUCCUUCUCCCACGAAGCCAGGACUGUAUCAACUGAAAAGGCCUUGUGUGCACUUUUAUCCAAGUUGUACCUCAAAUACGGCAUUCUAGAAAAGGCUGUGUAUUACUCCAACCAAGCUGUUGCCCUGGGUAAAGCGAUGGGUGAAGAAGAAGCAUUUGAAGCAUCCCUUUCUUUAGGGUGGCUGUUUACUUUGAGCAGUCAGCCAGACAAGACCUCAGAGAUCAUGCAAUACCUCCUGUGUUCUCUGCGGCAGACGGACAGCGUCACACAAGAUGGGGUGGUUCACAAUCUUUUAGCCAUUGCCCUUAAAAGAGAAGGGCAGGUGCAAAAGGCAGCAGAGAACUACUUCUGGGCCUUGAAGAAAGCCCAGGAAAAUGGAAAUCAGCGGAACCAAGCCAUUGCCUUAGCAAAUUUUGGUUGCCUAAUCACAUCUUUGGGGGCUUACUCUUUAGGAGAAUACUAUUUUGUCAAGGCCAUUCAGAUGUACUUUGAACUCCAGGACGGUGAUGAUACACAAAUGGAACUGGUGCACAUUUUGUUAUGGUUGGCUCAGUCCAAGCUAGAGAGGUGUAAGGCAGAAGACGGCAUCAUCUUUUACGAGCUGGCCUUGGCCAUUGCCUUGAAGACUCAAAAUGUGAUAAGUCAACUUCAUGUCACUGAGUCUCUCUGCCAUUUCUAUAGUAAAGUGCAUCCUGAUACCAGAGCCUGCAUUUUAUACCAUGAGCACCAAGUUCUCCUAGCUCGGCAACUUCAGGAAAGAGAAAAAGAAGGACACCUUCUACAGGACCUUAGCCAACUCUACCAAAGUUUACAUACAACCAGAUCUUUGAAACAGGCAUUGGACUGUACCAAGCAGAGCCUCAGAAUAUUUAUCGACCUAGAGGAAACUGUUAAAACAGCCCAGGCCUGGUUACAGGCUGGUAAGCUCUAUUAUCAAAUGCAAGAGAAUGAACUUGUGGAAAUGUAUUUACAGGCAUCCAUAGAGACAGCACUGAAACCCAAAGAGCUGCACCUGGCCAUGGGAUUAUAUGAAGAGGCGGGAGAUGUCUUCUUCAAUGGAAUCAAGAACAGGCUUCAGGCAGUGGAAUAUUACAGGGGAGGAGCUAUACCUUUGGCCAGGAAAUUGAGAGACACACAAACGGAGUUGAGAGUGUUCAACAAGCUAGCUGAACUCCAAAUUGGGCUCCACAAUUAUGAAAAUGCUUUGGAAUUUGCUACCUUAGCAGUCAGACUCAGCGUGGAUGUAGGAGAUCAUUUGCAAGAACUGGUUGCCUUUCAUCGGCUGGCAACUGUGUAUUACCUUCUGCAAAUGUAUGAGAUGGCUGAAGACUGCUAUCUGAGGACGCUCUCUUUGCACUCACCGGAAUUGCAAGGGGUUCAAGAAGCCAUAUAUUACUCCAGGGUUUACUACCGGCUGGGAGAUCUCACUCUCCACAAAUUAAAGGAUGAGCAAGAUGCAGCCAGUUAUUUCUUCUUGGCCUUGGCUGCUGCCACUGAAUUUGAUGACUACAAUUGGCAAGGCAAGAUCCAAGCCAGGUUGGCUCAAAUAUUUACUAAUUCCCAAACAAAUAAGAGCCCAAGAGGGUGGACAACAUAUCGGGCCCGAUGGUUAAGUGAAGGAAGACAUGAUGUAUGAUCCAUCUGUAAUAGAAUUCACAGCUCAUGAAGAAAGGACAUCAUUGUCCUUCUGCCAAGAAAAGGAGAGAUCAUGAUCUGGUGCUUCUAGUCCCUUGUGUUUCUGAAUGAAUAGAAAUCUUGUGGGCUGUUGUAAAUGGAUAUACGCUGGCCAUCAGCUAAUGUGUUCUGAGGAAAAAAGCAAGCUCGUGUUUUUUUUAAAUUUUAUCAGCAACAUGUAAAGAAGACUUCAUUCACAUACAUAAGCCUUAUUUAAGAGAUUAGAGGGUGCAAAAGAGUCGGUUGAAGCAAGAUUGAGAGAGAGUUUGGUAUAGUGGUUAAGGCAUCAGGUUAGAAACUGGUUGACUGUGAGUUCUAAUCCUGCCUUAGGCACAAAGGAAGUUGGGUGACCUUGGGCCAGCCACUUUCACACAAUAGCCAAUCACGUCCGAAAAACCUCACCAAGAAAACAGCAGACUUCUCCAGACGGUCUCUGAGAAUCAAUAUGAUUGAGCAGAAGGGGGAAAAAGAGCAAGAUAACGAAUGCACAACAUAAGGUGUGUGAGUGCAGAUUGUCUGUGAUAAGAAGUAAAUGGGGCUGGUCCUUGGAGAGGAUAUUCAACCUGCAUCCAUUCAUCCUCAGUGCCAAAAGGUAAAGUCCUUUACAAGAUAGAAAUCAACGGAAAACCUCUGACAACCUGAACAAAAGAGAAAAAGUGCGGGGGAAAAAAUGCUCUUGCAGCAAAUGUGAAUCUUUGUUCCUGUGUAUUUCAUCAGUUAUCUGUGCUUAGACCAGGAAGGGGUAGAAUCCACCCAGCCACCUCUCAAAAAGCUAAGCAAAGCCAGAUCUAUGUUUCAGUGGAAAACAUCAUGAAAUCCUAGGGCUAUAAGCUGGCUAUGGAGUUUUUUUUAAAAAAGCAUCACAACAAAUUCUAUAUUAUUGCCAAGAAAAUAAUGCAAGAACAUGCAUAAAGUCACCAAGUGCCAAGAAUAACUCAAAUACUAAUCAGUAUUUAUAUUUAUUUUGGUUUCUCAUUAAUAUCUGCCUCAUGUUUCAAAUAAACUAAAUUAAGAUCCCAAAAGUAUCCUUCAGAAAGGAUGGAACCCAGAAUACCAUAUCCUAAAUUUGGUUAAAUGAGCUCUUCAGAGGUAUUUCCUUCCUUCUUAAUGAUUUGCACUGCCAGCAAUCCACUGAUCCUGAAGAAGAAAGGAAAAUGGCUCCUGUAUAUUUAGAGAAGGAAAAACAUGAUUGGAGAGAGCCUCUUGGGAAGCAAAGACAUCUCCAUACUCAGCCAGAUGUAUUGGGCUUCCAUACUACUGGAGGGUGACUACAAAACUUUCAGAUUCUUUGUCUCGGUCAGCUACCUUCAGGAAGAGCAUGCUUACUACCCCACCACAGCUCUAUCUGACAUGUAGCUCAUGGGAUUACUUUGAAUCAUUUGCUCUCUGCCCAGUUUACCUCACAGGGUUAUGAAGGUUUGUUAACAAAUGAUACAUGAGAUAUGUGCUUUUUUUUUUAAAAAAAAAGGAAGUUGAAAUUCUUAGGAGGCCUAAUGCUCUGCUAGCUUUGAGAUGCUUCAGAUUUACAGACCAUCUUGUAGCCCCACCAAAUAUAUUCGGUUCAAAUGAAAAGCCAAAGCCAAUUGUCCUGAGUGUCUGCAUGUGGAAAUAUUUUGAUAUGACCAGGGCUAAAAGUGGGAAGCUGAAUUGAGAUGGGCGCAUUUUUGAUGCUGUGUAGUUGGGCUAUGCUUCCUUUAAAGUCUGAGUACAAAUAUUUUAGGGGCCAAAGGGUAUGUCUGUCUUUUAGUAAGAUCUAUAAAGGGAGUAUGACCAGACAUCUGAUUUAAUUAAAUCUAAAAUUGAAUUAGCUGCAGAUAACAAUAGUAGGAUAACUCCCCAAUUCCUGAAUUUUUUCCUUGAAAAUUAUAAACAGAAUUGGAGCAAUUCUGAGGCUCAAAGGCUUUGGAGAGCAGCAGAUUGUUUCAAUCAAAUAAUUUUGCUUCAUGUACUGUAGCACUCUUGAAACGUCUUGCCCAGUGGUGGGUUUCAAUUUUUUUUCCCACCAGUUCUGUGGGUGUGGCUUGGUGGGUGUGGCAUGGCUUGGUGGGCAUGGCAGGGGAAGGAUACUGUAAAAUCUCCAUUCCCUCCCCAAUCCAGGGGAAGGUUACUGCAAAAUUUCCUAUAUCAGCAGCCAUGCUGAAGCAGGAUAAUAAUUAUAUUUUGUUCAAUUCUCUACCAAGCACCACUACAGCCAUUCACAAUGACUUCAGAACAAAUAUUGCAGCACCCAAAUAACUAAAUACAACAGGGUCAUGGCUUAAAGUUAGAUUACACGUUAGUUAUCCAGAUGGCUCCAGGCACAUUCUUUAUUACCUUGCAUGAAAAAUGUCUCCAAUAGAAAAUCUGGAUUUGACUGAAAGACCCACCUAGCAUCUUCUAGAUCUGAGCUAAUGAUCUGAUUCUGUAUGACAACUACCUGUGUUUAGGUAUGAUCCUGGGUGUUAUCACUGGUUAAACAGAUUUUAGCAUUUGCUUUUUACUUGUACCAUAGCUCAUUUCACCAUUAGAGGGCAAUAAAGGCAGUAUUUUCAAUUCCUUUAGACCUUUCAGUCCUUAUUAAGAACAAAAAUCUAUUAAGAAAUGGACAAAGGCUUCUAGGCAGUCUGAACUUUUAAGACUGAUCUGUGGCUGGAUAUGUUGAGAAACAUGUCAUUUUUUCUGGACAUUUUUCUACAUCCUAUACAAUUCAAAUUUCCUAAUGUUAUGCACAGAAGCCGAGAUUUGUUACCUUACACUCAUUU